CGAUGUGGAAGUCUCCACGGUUUCCUCGUAACGGCUGGAUCGCUUUCAGCCGUCGGCAUGCCUUUGGGCGAAGGUCGUGCCAGUCGUCGGGAUAAUCCGAUUGUGUUCCUGGAUGUUCAUGUUGGAGCCAAGCCAUUUGGUCGACUUACCAUCGAGCUCCGUGCGGAUGUCGUGCCUCUCACUGCCGAGAACUUUCGAGUGCUUUGCACAGGUGUGUCGUUGGAUAUGCCGGAUGGAAAAAGCACACGUGGCGUUCCUGCAGGCGGUGCCUUCGACGCCAUGGGCACCCCGAAGCGAUACAGCGGCUGGUGCGUACCCUGCGCUGGGAUAUUCACAGACAGGAUUCUCGACUAGUUUGGUCCACAGAGUCGUGCGGGAUUCACUCCUACAAGCAGGAGACAUCGACGGCGAAGGUGGGUCGUGCGCGUUUUCAACGCCCACCUUUGAAGAUGAAAACUUCAUCCUGCGGCAUGUUGGUAUGGGCACUGUCGGCAUGGUCAACGCCGGACCUGAUACGAAUGGGUCCCAGUUCUACAUAUGCUUCACGUCGGCGCCGUGGCUCGACAACAAACACGUCGUAUUUGGGGCCCUCUUGGGCGAAUCCAGCUUUGAGACAUUGGCGAAACUCCAUGACACGGUCGCGACCGAGUCGGGGCAGCCGCUUCAAGUCGUUCGCAUUGCUCAUUCUGGCCAACUCUACCCUGUCUAACUAUUGAAGAAAAAACAUGUCAUGAUACCGCGC